CUUGUGCUGUGUCCUGUUUCUCCUCUCACCCCUUGUGUAAAGUUUUGGUUUCUUCCUUAUGGCUCCGGAAGCGGAUUAAUGAUCAAUCCAGGCCGUACUAUUCUGUAAAAAAGAGGGGGGUCCGCUAGGCCUGGCACCCCUCGCCCGAGACAGAUUUUCGGGUUAUGGAAGCCGGAUAGCGGCUUCUGAGUGCUCGGUGUCUCCGCUGCGGAUCGCUUGUCGUGUUGCCGGAGGAUGUUGGCGCGUUUAUGGAGCUCAGGCCGGGGACUGCCCCGGGGCCUGCUCGGCCUGGGACUGGCCGUAGCGGCUGCACGGGCGGUGGAGGAUCACAGCGAGGGAGAGAGGGACAGGAAAGAGCGCGGGGCCUACAGGCUGGCCAUCGAGAGGAGCCGGGAGCUGCUCCGGCGGGUCAAGGUGAUGGAAGAGACAGGAGACGCAGCAUUAAUCACUGCGAAGGGGAUAUCAGGGAGCUGCUGGCGGAGGGGAUGUGGUUUAAUUACAAUGAGGAGGUGGAGGGACGUAAAGUAAAGCUUAUAGCGGGUUAUUUACUAAGGAGACAAUGGGAGCAGCUCAGAGUGAAGGCACUUAUUAGUUAAAUUAAAAAACUGAAACCAUAGCUGACAUGGAGAAUAUGCCUUCACACUUUAAAGGGACACUGUAGGCACUUUAAUAACAAUUUCAUUUUUUUUUUGAAGUUGUUAUAGUGCCUGCAGGUCUACCCCUAAAAACCCCUAUAGCGUACUAAUUAGGGGGCUUGUAAGUGCAGCUUGAAGCCACGCCUCCAAGCCCUCGGGGUAUGAGAGCUGGGAAUCUCACUUCCUUACUCUCAUAUCGUGACAUCACAUCAUGCGGACAUACGCAGUGCCGUCAUUUGUAUUAAAUGGUUCUCUAUGGCAGAAUCUAAGGCGCUUUGUGGCGAGUGUUGCACAUGCAUUUAAAGGGACACCAUAGGCACCCAGACCACUUCAGCUCAUUGAAGUGGCCUGGGUGCAAUGUCCCAUGUCACUUAACCCUACAGUAGUAAUUAUUGAGAAACUCAUUCUGGGAAACUGCAAUAAUUACCUUGCAGGGUUAAGUCCUCCUCUAGUGGCUGUCUACAAGAGGAAAAGUUGAGUAAUUUGUUUUUUAAUUCAAUUCAUUCAUUUUAGUUUUUCAUUUUUUUUAUAUUGAGGGUGGGGACCUAAUUUAUAAGGAGCAUCAGGGCGAGCGUUAGGAAUACAGAUAUAUAUUUCUAAUGUUACAUUGGUCCUUUAAGAGUUAUUAGUUAAAGUGUCAGUUGUUUGAAAUUGAAUGUGAACUUGGCCAAAAUGCACCAGGUUUUCCUCAAUUCAUUUGACACAUGCUGUAGGGCAAUACAUUAAAAGGGCUGCCCAGCAGUAUGUAGACUUCAUUUGCUGCGGAAAGGAAAUCUAUUCUUUCCACAAAGGAGGAGUCUCUAAAUAGCUGCUGUGCUUAAUUGGUAUCCAUGGUAUAACAUAAUAAUGCUGCAUAUAGUAGUGCAACAUUUUUCAUGCACUGACCAUUAAGUUUAACAUGAAGUGAAAUGUGUUCAUUAAAAAAUGGCAGAUCUAGCAAACCAAGGCCCAGAAAUUCUAUAGUGCAAAUUUGUAAUUACAUGUCUGUUAGUCCACCCAUUGUACAGCGCUACGGAAUGUGAUGGCGCUAUAUAAAUAAUAAAAUGGUAAAAUAAUAAUAAUAUAACUUUAACUCUAAAAUCUUUCACUUACAGACCUUGUCACCCCAUAUUUCCAUUAUUCUUACAUUGUAUACUAAAAAUUGAUUUCAACAAGUUUCAAUUCACAAUAUCAUUAUUUUAUCAGACAUGGGUGAAUUAGAAACAGGGAAUGUCAGGUAUCAGAAUUGCAAACAUGUAUCAGAACAUUAUCCAAAUUACUAUUACUACAAAAAUACUAUUGAGCAGGUCCCAUGUCACCUCAUUUUCCUUUUUGCCAAGACCCGUCAUGUAUGUUUUAUUAAUUGUUAAAUAUUGCAGCACAAUAUGUUGGCUCUUUUUAAAUAAAAUAAUUGACCCUGAUUUUAUUUUUUGGCUGAUGCCAGUUGCAUGAUUGUUAGAAAGUACACAAGCUAUGCACUAUAGCACAAAACUCUUGUUCUCCCUUUUCCAACAUGAUUUUGGUUACAAUAUGGUUACCAUAUUGACCAUAUCUUUAUGGAUACAUAUCACAUACACACACAAGGCAACUACAAGAGAUACCCUGUAAUAUGUACAUGUCAAAUGUUGCAGUUAGGAAAUCUGUUCAAUAAUCAAAGAGGAAUCUUGCGGAAUAUUAAAGGAACACUAUAGUCACCUAAAUUACUUUAGCUUAAUAAAGCAGUUUUAGUUUAUAGAUCAUUCCCUGGCAAUUUCACUGCUCAAUUCACUGUCAUUUAGGAGUUUAAUCACUUUGUUUCUGUUUAUGCAGCCCUAGCCACACCUCCUCUGGCUAUGAUUGACAGAGCCUGCAUGAAAAAAACAAACUCGUUUUAACUUUCAAACAGAUGUAAUUUACCUUAAAUAAUUAAAUCUCAAUCUCUAAAUUGAACUUUAAUCACAUACAGGAGGCUCUUGCAGGGUCUAGCAAGCUAUUAACAUAGCAGGGGAUAAGAAAAUCUUAAUUAAACAGAACUUGCAAUAAAGAAAGCCUAAAUAGGGCUCUCUUUACAUGAAGAGUUUAUGGAAGGCUGUGCAAGUCACAUGCAGGGAGGUGUGACUAGGGUUCAUAAACAAAGGGAUUUAACUCCUAAAUGGCGGAUUGAGCAGUGAGGCUGCAGGGGCAUGUUCUAUACACCAAAACUGCUUAAUUAAGCUAAAGUUGUUCAGGUGACUAUAGUGUCCCUUUAAUGCUUACACUACAGAACAGGCCUUUUAAUGUACCACGCAACAGCAUGUAUAAGGGAUGUGUGCAGUAAAACAUGGUGGGUCUAUUGGCAAUCCAAUCAUCCUGUUUGGGACCUAUGCCCUGCCAACCCUGGUUAAAUUUCCAAAUAGCACUUUUGUGGGCAGUAAGCGAUUUCCGCAAUUAGGGAGCCCUGGUUGUUUGACUGCUAACGUGUGUAAAGAGAUAUGAAUGCUUCCUUUGACUGGCAGCCCCAACUUAUUGACCCUAAAUUUACACGAGCACCACACAGCCAUGACUUACUUUGUUUUGCCUACUUGUUUAUUGUUUUAAAGGGGAGCUCAAGGUCCCUAUCCACUAUAAUCCAUUCUAGUGGUUAUGGUGCUGUAAAUCUAUGGGCACCAUUCUCUGUUUUUCUGUCAAGUAGUUUGAAAAGGGAAAAAAACAAAACAAAAAAAGACUCUCUUUAUCACCAAAACCACUCUCCUUCUUCCACCUUACGUAAUGUCCGUUAUAUAAAUCCUGGACAGAUCGAUUCAUUUAAGCAUAGAUCAUUUUGAAUUUGAUAUGUUUGUCGCAGGUGAAAAGGAUUUGCGCACAAGUCUGCUUGUCACUGCAUGCACAACGGUAUUCUCAUAACGUGUAAGAGUUAAUUACUAAGCAUGUGUGUGAAGGAUGUCAUAUGUUAAAGCAGGCAUAGUGUUUUAUUGUAUUUUGGAAAGGGAGACCAAUAUUUGGAUCAGGUUUCUCGAACACUUUUUGGUUGAUGCAGGACGUCACCAGCAGCUUUUUAAAAUUGUUUUUUUAAACUAUAAAGAUUUGAGCUUGCAAAAAAUAUAGCAUUUUAAUGAUGCCGAAAUGUAUCAAACACUUUAAAGUUGUAUUGGUGCCCAGUGUCCUUUUAAGUUUAAGAUCGAGAAAUCCACAGGUGGUAGCACAAGUGGUUAUUUGGAAAAAUAAGUAACGCAAUGUUUCAUCUCUAUUAGUUAGAUAUAUGCAAAAAUAUGCAAAGUCAAAAUAAUAUAUUAUAAUAAUAAAUACAAGAUAACAAAAAGUACAUUCGCAUGGGAAGUUUUUGCACUUGCAAUAAAUCUUUAGCAUUUACAUGUCCUUCAGUUAGCAGUGCCCAAAACAGGAAGUGAUCAGCCAAACAGGAUGCUCCAGUAAUGCAUGUUGAGCUUAUCCCAUAAAUCUACACGCUGCAGAGGUUUUUUUGGAAGAGCAGGGAUUUGUAGUUUAUUUAUCAUCAUUCUACUUGAUGAAUGAUAUCUCCUUGAAACCAUUGUUGUGCUUCAUAAUAGUAUAUACAACUAUUGAACCAAAAAGUGAAACUGCAGAUUUGGGGGAAGGUAAAGAAAUGGUGAGCUAAUAUAGCAAAAUUACUCCUUAAAAAAUGUACUUCCAGUCAGAGUCACUAUACUGUAACAUUACACCAAAUGUAUCUGUUUUACCCAUUCUAUUGCCUCUGCAAGCAUGGUGGAAAGAAUAUGACACACACGUAAUGAUAUAUGUACUCCCUAACUGCAUGUCUUGUUGCACUAACAGGACUUUCAUGUGGUUCAACUUUUUAUACUGUCCUUGUUGGUCGUGUCUGAUUUGUGACACCACAUAAUGUAAUACUGUAACCAUCAAGAAUGAAUAGGGAAUGUAGGCAAAAACUAUACAAUUUAAAAAAAGGCAAAAAUACAUUGAAUUAUUUAGUCCAAAAGCUUUGAUGCCCAGAGUGUCCUUUUAAAAUUGUGGUAUGUUGGACUCCAACUUUAUGUGGCUCUGUCACAUUCCGAGGUCUUUGGAUGGUGUGCGAUAGUCCGGGGUUGCAGUGCAAGUGAGUUAAAAGAUCACUAUAGGGUCAGAAACACAAACCUGUAUUCCUGACCCUAUAGUGUUAACACCACCAACUAGUCCCUCUGGGCCCCUCAUGCCUCCAUAAAUGUAGUAAAAAUCUUACUGUAUUCAAGCCUGAAGCUGAAAAUCUGCAUGCUGUUAGACGUAGAAAAACAAGCAGUCUGCUGACAUGUGGUAGCCUGAUCCAAUCACAGUGCUUCCCCAUAGGAUUGUCUGAGACUGAAAAAGAGGCAGAUCAGGGGCAGAGCCAGCAUGAUUCAAACACAGCCCUGGCCAAUCAGCAUCUCCUCAUAGAGAUGAAUUGAAUCAAAGAAUCUCUAUGAGGAAAGUUCAGUGUCUGCAUGCAGAGGGAGGAGAUACUGAAUCACAGGAUGCUAUGCACAGUGCUGCCCUGUGCUCUGCUGACAGCAGAUCUGAGUGGAUGGAGGCAUAUUAUGCCUCCAUCAACUCUGAAGUCCCUCUGGUUCACUCUGAGUGACUGCAACUGGAGGUGUUCCUAGCUUUCAAUGUAAACACUGCAUUUUCUCAGAAAAUACAGUGUUUACAAGAGAAAGGCUGCAGGGAGCUAUAGUUCUCACCUGAACAACCUCAUUAAGCUGAAGUUGUUCAGGUGACUAUAGUGUCCCUUUAAACUUAACUGACUUUGCCACCAUCUUCAACCUUCAGCUCAUUGUGCUUCAACUGCCAGAAGCCCACUUCAGUGCUGUACUCUUGUGGAUGCAUGACCGCAGGAGCCUCCAUAGAUAUUCUAAUGCCUUACUCACAAAAACAAAUACAAGACAGCGAGAGCAGACCCAAGCACUAUAUCCUAAGAUAAUAGUGCCGGUCUAAGCUCCCGGUCCUAUGUACCGCAGGGAGACUCAAGGGGUCUCCAGCGGCUUAACCCCAAUAUAGGUAAUAAACGAAAAGGAGUAGAUGCUAAUAGUCUCAAUGUAGGUCAAGACAUAAGACCAUAUGCAUCACCUGGAUAUAAACAUAGCCAAGUAGGAAAAAAAUAUAUUAAUAAUGGCUAAAUUAACCCCAAAACAAAAUUGAGACCAUGAAAUAGGUAAAAAAAUAAAGUAUAUACAAAUAUAACUAAUGCCACUAUGCAUCCAAGGUAGAAGCAGGUAGAGGUCACUUCCAAAUAAAUAAAGGGAUAUGAUAUAAAAUACUCAGAUAAAGCUUUAUUAGAACGCUAGCUUAAAUGAAAAUAUCAAUCCCAACUGUGACCCCUAUCUCUGAUCAAACCCUUGUAAACAUCUGGGUGAUAUCUCCAAAAAUACUAGAUCUCCAGCCCUAACUCUCCAGGGUACACAAAGACCCAAUGUGGAGCCAUCCAAAUUAGCUAACUUAGCAACAAAGGAUCAGGUCCCUAAAGUAAAAGACAGUAUAGGGCUGUUGAUCCUGGUCACAAAGAGACCAAACAAUGUAGGAUUGCUGCACAAUAGUAUCCAGAGUAGAAAUACUUGCAGAUACAACAGAGAGAGAGUAAAUAGUAUGAAAUUAAAAAGUCAGUUUCAAAUAAACUGACAGUAUGAUUUAUAAAGCCUCUCUCCCUCCCUCCCUUAUUGCUAAGUUAGCUAAUUUGGAUGGCUCCACAUCAGGACUUUGUGUACCCUGGACAGUUAGGGCUCGAGAUCUAGUAUUUUUGGAGAUAUCACCCAGAUGUUUACAAGGGUUAGAUCAGAGAUAGGGGUCACAGUUGGGAUUGAUAUUUUCAUUUAAGCUAGCGUUCUAAUAAAGCUUUAUCUCAGUAUUUUAUAUCACAUCCCUUUAUUUAUUUGGAAGUGACCUCUACCUGCUUCUACCUUGGAUGCAUAGUGGCAUUAGUUAUAUUUGUAUAUACUUUAUUUUUUUUACUUGUUUCAUGGUCUCAAUUUUGUUUUGGGGUUAAUUUAGCCAUGAUUAAUAUAUAUUCUUUUCCUACUUGGCUAUGUUUAUAUCCAGGUGAUGCAUAUGGUCUCAGGUCUUGACCUACAUUGAGACUAUUAGCAUUUACUCCUUUUCAUUUAAUGCCUUACUCACUCCUACUAUUAGCAAUGGCUAGAGAAAGCAACUAAUGAUGGUGGAAGCUCUACAUAUUACAUAGUUACAUAGCUGAAAAGAGACUUGUGUCCAUCAAGUUCAGCCUUCCUCACAUAUAUUUUGCUGUUGAUCCAAAAGAAGGCAAAAAAACCCCAGUCUGAAGCGCUUCCAAUUUUGCCACAAACUAGGAAACAAUUCCUUCUUGACCCCAAAAUAGCAGUCAGAUGUCUCCUUGGAUCAAGCAGCUAUUACCCCACUAAUUAGAAAUUAUAUCCCUGUAUGUUAUGUUUUUGCAAGUAUUUAUCCAAUUGCAGUUUAAACAUCUGUAAUGUCUCUGACAAAACCACCUCUUCAGGCAGAGAAUUCCAUAUCCUUAUUGCUCUUACUGUAAAAUUACCUUUUCUUUGCUUUAGAUUAAAUAUCCUUUCUUCCAACCUAAAUGUGUGACCUCGUGUCCUAUGUAAAGUCCUCAGAUAACUUUUGACUGCUGUGGAAUUUAAAAAAAAUGCCAACAUUUUUGUGAGCACUUCCGAAAUAUUUUAUAUCUAUGAAAUUUUCAAGUAGUUUUUAGGGGUGACAGAACUGCUUUAGUAUGCGCAAGGACUUGCAAUGACUAUAAAUCUGUAUUUCUAGAUAUAUUAUUAUUAUGUUAUUUAUAUAGCGCCAACAAAUUCCGCAGCGCUUUACAGUGGGUGGACGAACAAACGUGUAGUUGUAACCAGACAAGAUGGACACAUAUAUAUUAUAACUAAAAUGAUUACUCUGUGUUGACAAAUGUAAAAUUACUCAGAUGUUUAAACAUUUUUGCCACCAAAAUGUUGCAGAUCUGUCCUGGAGUUUGUGGGGUGGGGGGUUGGGGGGGAAACAAAAAUGUACUUUAGUGCAAGUGUUUCUUUUUUUAAAUAAAGAUUUUUCUCCUCACAGGACGAGGUGGGGACCCCUGGGAUAGUAGUGGGCGUUUCUGUAGAUGGAGAAGCAAUUUGGGUAGAAGGUAAGGACACUGGUUUAAUUGGGAAGACCUAUAUAAUAAUCAGCAUAUAUGCACUCUAAUAGGGAUAUUUAAUAAAGUGAGAAUUUAAAGCGAGUUUCACAAUUUUAGGUUGAAGUAGCCGAACUGCAAGCAUAGACUUUUUUCUAAAAGCUGCUGCCUGGGACCUCCUUGUACCAUAACACCUUCAUUCAAAUUAAGUUGUUUUGGUUCCUGGAGUGUUCCUUUAACACCCACUUAAUAACCCUGUGGCUAUGCAUGCAUCAAUAGUUACAACAAAUAUUGUGUAUGUUCAGCAUGUGUGCUGGAAGAGAUUAACCAUGAACAUGCAAAUACUUUUUCUUAUAUGCUGUUUUGCCUUUAAGGAGCAGGCUCAGAAAAUAUUUUACCUGUGUUUUUAUUCUGUAACAGGCCUUGGAUAGUGAAUAAACAUUUCACUGUAGAGAGUUUACUCUUCAAUACCUUUUGCUUUCCCAAAACAUGGUAACGAUAAUGAAAACAUAGGACUAUAAAAUUACCUCCAUGAUGCAAGAUUGACCUUGUACGGUUGUUCAUGGGCCGCUUAGAAGCACCAGGACAUUGAACGCACACUUAGAAGGGGCACAACCGCACUGCCCUGCCAGAUCGCAAAGGAGUUUUGUUUGUAAUGUACUAAGACAAAUUGUUGCCAAAUAUUGAACUACCUAUUUCAAAACCUCAACUGGCCAGGCGUUUGUGGGAUAUGCUUAGUAAUUCCUUUGGAAAAAAUGAAAGGACUAAGAUUGGCUGAUAUGGCUUAACUACUUGUUAGUUUGGUAAACACUUAAUGAAGUGUAUUUUUUUUAUUUAUUUUGUGUAUAUUGUAAUGCAUUACCUAUAUAAUGCAUGCAAUGUUACAAUAAAUAGUAAAAUAAAAAUGGCACAUUUCUUUUUUUAUAUGAAAUAUUAGUGCUUGGAGAAUUAUGGGAUGGGAAUUUGUGUCACUUAACAUUUCACACAGGGUGCCUUGAGGCCUAAUGCCAGCCCUGAGAGGCACAAUGGUUAAAAUGUCAAUGUGGAGUAAGAUGUAACAUGCUAAUUGCUGCUACCUUGUAAGGCAAUAUUAUUACAUUACUAAUAACCCCCCUCCUCCCUCCCCAAAACAGACAUUUUCUACCAAAGGAAAUUCCUGUGUUUAAUUACAGUCUUCCAAAGCGUCUGUAAUAUGUUUUGGUUUUAGCAAAAUAAAUACUUUCAUUACAAGUUGCUGGUAUGUAUUUGUUAAUGUGUGUCAAUAUUUCCAAGUUAAGGAAGGAUUUUUUCUAAUGGGUCUGUCUUUUUGGAGGCUAAGUUAGUUAAUGAAUAUAAAGGAUUACAUGCUAUCUAUAGCCUUUUUGUGUGUGUAUUUGUAAUGGAGAUAGUUAAGAUAACCACCAAUUUCAUGGAAUCUCCUAGGCCAGGGGUGCCCAAAAGGUAAAUCCCCAGAUGUUGUAGAACUACAACUCCCUUGAUGCUUUGUAUGCCUUUUAGAAUGACAAAGCAGCAUGGAGGCUGUAGUUUUAAAACCUUUUUGGUACCCUUGUCCAAGGUACUAUGCACACUAGUGUGCUGCAGUGGUUAUUGCUUGGAAUAUUCCUUUACCAUUACAGCUAAACCUAUUUAAGCCUACAGAAAGAAAGGAUAAUAAGACUCCUAUUUAAUUGCUUUGAAGAAGAUCUUAUUACUCUUGUGGCAUUUGAAGAGCUUGAUGCCGAACAAAGGUAGUAGUGACAUUUUUAAUAUCCUAUAUAAACACCAGCUGUUGUCUGCUGUUCCACAGGACUUGGGUUUGCAGAUGUGGAGAAUAGAGUUCCAUGUACCCCAGAAAGCGUCAUGCGCGUGGCCAGUAUCAGCAAAUCCUUAACGAUGGCGGCCAUUGCCAAGCUUUGGGAGGAGGGAAAAUUGGAUCUUGAUGUUCCGGUGCAAAAAUAUGUACCAGAGUUCCCAGAAAAGGAUUUUGAAGGUGAAAAGGUGUGUACCCAACAGACACGUUGCCAAAAAUUUUGGAUUAUUUUGACGGUAGUGAAAACAUAAAUGUAGAAUAUGAAUGUUUAGAAAUUGACCUGAUUUUUUACGUACCUAUUAAAAUGUUGUGAAAAGAUGGUUUAAAUAAUUUAAGCAAUGAUUUAUCUAGUAUGUUUAUCGCACAGGAUUUGUACAUCCUUCUCAAAAAAGCAUGCGAAAGGCAAAUAUUUUCCUACAGUGAGGGGAAAAAAGUAUUUGAUACCCUGCUUAUUUUGAACGUUUGCCCACUGACAAAGAAAUAAUCAGUCUAAUUUAAAUGGUAGGUGUAUUUUAACUGUAAAAGACAGAAUAAUAAAAAUAAAUUCCAGAAAAAAUUUAUAAAUUGAUUUGCAUGUCAAUGAGUGAAAUAAGUAUUUGACCGCUUUGACUUAGUACUUGGUUGCAAAACCCUUGUUGGCAAUCACAGAGGUCAGAUGUUUCUUGUAGUUGGCCACCAGGUUUGCACACAUCUCAGGAGGGAUUUUGAUCCACUCCUCUUUGCAGAUCCUCUCCAAGUCAUUAAGGUUUCGAUGCUGACGUUUGGCAACUCGAACCUUCAGCUCUCUCCACAGAUUUUUUUAUGGGAUUAAAGUCUGGAGACUGACCCCUCCAGGACCUUAAUGUGCUUUUUCUUGAGCCACUCCUUUGUUGCCUAGGCUAUGUGUUUUGGGUCAUUAUCAUGCCGGAAUACCCAUCCACGACCCAUUUUCAAUGCCCUGGCUGAGGGAAGGAGGUUCUCACCCAAGAUUUGACGGUACAUGACCCCGUCCAUCGUCCCUUUGAUGCGGUGCAGUUGUCCUGUCCCCUUAGCAGAACAAUUCCCUCAAAGCAUAAUGUUUCCACCUCCAUGUUUGAUGGUGGGGAUGGUGUUCUUGGGGUCAUAGGAAGCAUUCCUCCUCCUUCAAACACGGCAAGUUGAGUUGAUGCAAAAGAGCUCAAUUUUGGUCUCAUCUGACCACAACACCCAGUUCUCCUCUGAAUCAUUCAGCUGUUCAUUGGCAAACUUCAGAUGGGCCUGUACAUGUGCUUUCUUGAGCAGGGAGACCUUGCAGGCGCUGCAGGUUUUCAGUCCUUCACGCCAUAGUGUGUUACCAAUUGUUUUCCUGGUGACUAUGGUCCUAGCUGCCUUGAGAUCAUUAACUAGAUCCUCCCGUGUAAUUCUAGGCUGAUUCCUCACCAUUCUCAUGAUUAUUGAAACUCCACGAGGUGGUGAGAUCUUGCAUGGAGCACCAGACCAUGGGAGACUAACAGUUAUUUUGUGUUUCUUCCAUUUGCGAAUAAUCUCACCAAAUGUUGUCACCUUCUCACCAAGCUGCUUGGUGAUGGUCUUGUAGCCCAUUUCAGCCUUCUGCAGGUCUACAAUCUUGUCCCUCACAUCCUUGGACAGCUCUUUGGUCUUGGUCAUGGUAGAGAGUUUGGAAUCGGAUUGAUUGAUUGAUUAUUUCUGUGGGCAGGUGUCUUUUAUACAGGUAACAAGCUGAGAUUAGGAGCACUCCCUUUAAGAGAGUUCUCCUAAUCUCAGCUUGUUACCUGUAUAAAAGACACCUGGGAUCCAGAAAUCAUGCUCACUGAUAGGGGAUCAAAUACUUAUUUCACUCAUUGACAUGCAAAUCAAUUUAUAACUUUUUUGACAUGCGCUUUUCUGGAUUUUUUGCUGUUAUUCUGUCUCUCACUGUUAAAAUACACCUACCAUGAAAAUUAUAGACUGAUCAUUUCUUUGUCAGUGGCAAAUAUUCAAAAUCAACAGGGGAUCAAAUACUUUUUCCCCUCACUGUAUAUCUACCAAGUGGAUUUAAAAUUAAAUGGAAUUUAUGACUGAAAAAGCUUAAUCAGUAUAUUGGUAUAAAAUAAAAAUAUUGUUAAAAAUAUAUAACAUUGAAUUGGGUAAUCAUAACAUCUAUAUUCCAAAGCAUACGUUUACAUUUGCGUGAGAAUCUCAAAGUAUCCUUUCUAGCAAAAUACUGUGUCAUUUAAAGGAACACUUUGUGUUAGGAAUACAAAGAUAUAGUCCUAAUACUAAUGUGUUUCUCAGCCCACAUGGGCCCUCUUCCCUGCCUCUAAAAGGUUAAAUAACACUUUAUUCACUUACCCUAUUCCAGCACAGAAGGACCUGCUUCACCUCCUCUAAUGUCAUCAAUGGUACACAGUCACUAGAGGCAAUCUUAGUACCGCAAUAUAAGCAUUGCAGUUUCUCUAAAAUGUUUUACAUUGCAGGACUAAGGGAGACAGGGGCAGUGCACCCAUACCACUUUAAUGAGAUGAGGUGGUCUGGUUGCCUAUAGGGUCCCUUUAAUAUUAUCAUCUCAUGUAUUAUGAUCUGCAUUACUUGUCAAUAUGGAAAUAUGAAGCUUGUUAUUAAUAUUUACCUUCGAUGUAAUCUAGAAAAAAAAUAAUAAUAAUAUGGCUGCUCUAACUAAACAUAUGUUACUGAUUAAAUUUAAUGUUUCAGGAUAGUAUACCCUUUGAAUUGGUUGUGGUAUUAGGCAUUACAUAUGUGAAUGAAGAAGAGCUUUCAUUUACUAUCAUGGGUGCUGGUCAUUAAAUGUAACUCUUUUUACAAAAUAAUUUUCCAUUACCAUCUACAUUUUAUCCAAAAGAUAUGUUUGCUUUAUUUAUUUUUUAUAAUUUUAUAAGGGUUUAUCUUUUCAGGUGACAUUAACGACCAGAUUAUUGGUUUCUCACCUGAGUGGGAUUAGACAUUACGAAAAGGAUGUUGAGAAAAUAAGGAAAAAACUAUCCAAGAAAUCUCUUCCAGAGGGGUCCACAGAGAAGCAAGCUCAGGAAACGGAAACUGAAAAAGCUAAACCUGACAGCGAUACCAAAGAACUGAGCAAAACAGGAGAGCAGAAAAACCGGACGUUGGAACCAGAAGAGUUUUACAUCAAGGAAAAGUUCGACAGUGUGAUAGAUUCUCUGGAACUGUUUAAAAAUGAUCCGUUAGUGUUUAAACCGGGUAUGUGAAGUGACACAAAGGAACUUACAAAAAUCCUGUUCAGUCACCAUCAUUCUUCUCUCCAAAGAGACAUGCACUUAUCUUGUAUGUAGCUAUCUACUUGGUAACCUAUAUUUUACUUUUAUAGGGCUAUAAUAAUAUAUCUAACUGGACUAAUUGCUGCUUUAAAGUGAACCUGUCAUGACAAGUACUCCUAUACUGUUAAUCGUCCUAAAGCAGCAAAUCUAUAAUUUAUCAUAAAGAUAAAUUAUAUAUGGAUUGCUUUAUGAACAGUUAAUAUAUUGCAUAUAUAAUAUUUCCAAGGGGGUGGAGGGGGGGGUGGUGCUGCAAUGCUCAGAUGCAGGUGGUUGUUAAACUACUGUAGCAGCCUCGGUUCCACCUUGCUCCCACCCCUUUGUAAUGUGAUGGAGUCUGGUUUAGGAAAUAUUCCCCUCACUCACACUGCCAAUACUGGCUUCACUGCCAGAACAUCAAUGUUAAAAUGGAGUGACAUCAGUAUUCAUGGUCUUCAACUUAAACCGCCACCAUAGUCUUUAGGUGAAUGCUUAUAGGGACAUGCAUUACUUUGAGACAGCUGUUUCAAUAUUUGAAUGAAACAUUUGCCUCACUCUGCAGGCUGAAAAAAAACAGUUAAUUUUUCCUCCACUCCCAUAUUUACAUUUGUCUUCUUUCUUAUGCUUUCCACAUCAACUCGGGGGGGGGGGUUGGGGGUGUGUAUGCUGGAAGAGUGCAAUAGGGGUGCCUGCCAUAAUGAUGCCCUGUUUCUGUCAUUUGUGGACUGGUCAGAAACUGAGAUGGGUUGGGGGGAUGGGGCUUAAGAAAAUCCCCUUCCUGAGAUGUGUGCCCAACAAUGCAAUCUAACAAAGUUUAUAACCUUUUAUUACAUAUUUUUCAAAGUGAUUCUUAUAUAUUUGUUUAGAAGUGUUUGCUUGCUGGGUUAAAAAAAUAAUUGUUGUGUGAUGCAUGUUCCCUUUAAUAGCUUUUGCACUGUUUGCAUUUAUAACAAAGCUAGACUGUUGGUAAACAAUACUGAUUACAAUAAACAGAAGAGAGGAAAUGCUGGAGUAACCUGAGUAUGUAUUAGAACAUGCUUUGGUUCUUGACUGCUAUAGCUGAGGAAUACAGUAACUAACUGAUCGCACCAAUAAUGAGUUUGGCAGGUCCUCACUGCAAUGGGUUAAGCAUUUUUCAUCUUUUCUCCAGAUGUUCUUCUCUAUUAUUUUUCAACUAAUUGUUUACUUCUGUACUGUCCAGGUACCCAGUUCUUGUAUUCCACCCAUGCCUGGACCUUGUUAAGUGCUGUAGUGGAGCGAGCCUCAGGAAAGAAAUUUGUGGACUACAUGGUGCAGAUGUUCAGGGAACUUGGUAUGAAGAACACAGUGCCUGAGGAACAUGAACCCAUCAUAUACAACCGGGCAAGGUAAUAGUGGCCACAGAGUUAAGUAAGAGCUGUGUAUUUGUUUUUUCCCUUCAAUAAUAGACCCUCCUUAUAGAUAUAAUCUAUGAGAAAGGACAAGGUAUAAGGAAAUAGUGAGACUUAUUACCGAUUCUUCACAUAAAAACUGCAGGGAGGAAAAUUAGGCUCAUGCUUGGAGAUAGGUCUCCAUUAUAAGAGAACAAGUUAUAGUGUGAAUACCAGAAAUUCUCAGAAACUGUAAGCCUAAACACAGUCAGAAAUACAUCAACAGAGAUUACUUACAAGUCUUGUCUUAACUAGAUAUAUUCAAAUAAUACGCACCACACUUUAGGGCUGCUAUGAACCUUGGGAGAUCCGUUAGUGGCUUAGGUUUAUAUAUCAAUGUUAUAGUAUGGAAUAAAAAUUGUUCAGGCACUCCAAGAUCCAGAAAUGGCAAAUUUAUUGAAGCCCAAAGUGACACUAUAAUUGUCACUGGAACCUGUUGCUUGGUCCUGGUUUUGUUGCACCCUGGCUCAGAUUGAUGGGAUUGAGUGCCGUUCCUAUUGUCUAUUGAAAAUGAUAAAUAUCAAUGCUGUCUGAAGUAAUUUCAGCUUUAAGUGCACAUGUGGAGAAGAUAGAGCUGUCAUUGGCUGACUCCCUCACGAGAAGAGGCAUGGAGAGAGUGCUCAGCAUUGGUUGAGCUGCUGGUGUGGGACAGUCUGAGUGCUCAGAUAGAUAAUCGAUACAUUAAAUCCAGCCAGAAGCUAAAUAGAUAAUGUUGUGUAUACAUACCAGGUGGAAGAAGUUCAAUAGAUAUACUUUGUAGACAUUUAAGAAGUCGACCUGGGCUCUGGAGUUAGUAGGGAUGGUAUUUCUGGUCUCUUGUUGGAGCACACUUAUUGGCUCAUAGUCACAGUGCAGACAAGUAAUGUUACUUGUGUCUGCUUCCAAACUACGACGUGGCUAUGAAAUGUAAACUCAGCUGCCAUUGUCAAGGCAUACCACUUAAAGGGACUGUCUAGGCAAUAUAACUUAAUUGAAGUGGUUAUAGUAAAUGGAGUGCCCUGGUGUCAUCCCUCAUCUCUCUGUUCAGUAUUAGAGCAAUUUUCGAAUAAUUUAAUAUUGAACAAGAGUUUCCUACCUCCUGCAGCUCUAUCCCCAUUAGAGAUUUGGUGGAGGAGGUUACACUUUAACUUGGCCUUACCGAUUGGGCAGCUAUGGGAUGUCAAGGAUCCUCUUUCAAUGUUAAACCAUUUGAAAGCAGUUUAACAAUGAAACGUAUGCUGGUGCCAGGGGAUUUAAGGGACACUAACCAUGUAAAUAAGAUGAAGUGCUUACAGUGUCUCUUUAAGUAAGUUGAACAUUAAAGUAACUCUCUCACCAAUAAGUUUCUGUUUUGACCUUGUGAAUUGUUUAAUUUAAAAUUACGUUUGACACCCAUCUUGUAUUAGGCCGAUUACCUUUAUGUUCUAUUCCAUACAAAAUGUCCGACAGCGUUUAGUAACUAAGCAUAAUGAGGGGGGGCAAUAACCUUCCCAUGAAAUGCACUUUGGAAUGAAUCUUGUUAAUAUAACAUGUUGUAUCUUGCAGUUUCUAACACAACACGCUAUACACUACAGACAGAAGACUGGGGGAUAUGACAUUAAGUAUGUCAUCACGCUCUGUGAGCAUAGUUUAAUGCUUGAGUGGGAACCUAUCUGUAACUGCUGCUUUAACAUAAUUAUGAAUAUCUCAUUAGGAACGUCUCAGACCAGCCAUGGCUCUCAUAUGGUGACUCCUGCUUUCUGUCACACAGUGCAACCAGUAGAAAAAAUACAUUUUAAUGUAUGGGAGAUUAAGAGGGGCACAUUUGUUUCAAGAGCUAUACCUCUGUCUUUAUGAUCAAAACAUGUAUUAGAUACACUAGUUAGUAUAUGACCUGCAUGGGCACUAAAAAACAAAUAAAUUACAGGAUGGAAUAUAAAGUGUGUAUUGUAUGUAAAGUUUGAUUGGUUACUGCUAUUCAUUUCAAUUAAAACAAACAAACAUUAAAGUCACCCAGGCCACUUCAUCUCAAUGAUUCUGAGGUACUGAGUAAAACUUGGUCAUGUGGCAUGAUAGCCCCCAUAGGAAAGCAUUGAUAUAGUGCUUUCCUAUGGGGAAGCUUGGAUCCACACGCAUGCCUCCUCCAUAACGUUGUGUGAGAAAGAGCGGUAAGCAUUAACACAGCAUUUUAAAUUUGGUUCUCUGCCAAUAGUGCCUUAAAAACAUAGGUACUUUUCUGUUAGACACACAUCAUUUGUUAUCUACAGAUUAUUUACAACAUGUCACAAUCAAAAGAAAUUCAUGGACACCUCUAGAGCACAUAAAAACAUACAAAGAAAUAAUCGUUGUGCUCAAACUCCCACUAUUUUUGGCGGCAGCAAUGGCUAUAGUAUUCAUCGGCCCAAAUACACAUGAGAAAGAAAAAAGUUAAUCACGCAAAUUCCUAUGUACAUUUGAAUAACAGAUGUAUUUAAGCAAUGGCCACUAAAGUGUUAUCUCGCCUGUCCAAUCAAGGCAAACCCUUUUAGGUGAGGCCUAUGCUAAUAAGUCACCUUACUACCUUGCCUCUAGAGCAGUGCUCCUCAGCCCUCUCUUCAAGACACACCUAACAGUCCAGGAUUUAGGGAUUACCCGGGUGUGUCCAAGGUGUUAAAGACAAAAAAAGUGUUUUUUAAGAUACACACACCUGGGUAAUCUCGAAAUCCUGGACUGUUAGGUGUGUCUUGAGGAGACGGUUGAGGAGCACUGCUCUAGAGCACAGUUCUUAGUGUAAAUCUGUUUGGAAAGGAUGGUAAGACCAGAUCUAAUGCAUUUGAGCUCCACUGAACUACAGCAGAGUCACACAGCCUACAUAGAGAAUGUUUGGGACAAUUGUUAAUCAUCCCAGGAGUCUUGUCAUUCCAAAUUGUAUAAAAUAGUCCACAAAAAACUUGGAGAAAUAUUGCAUGGGGCAUUAGAUGUUGCCGUAUUUUCUCAUCAAUGAAGUAUUACAAUGUUAUGUUUGCUCACUCAGGUUGCCUUGCUUUAUAUUGUGUUAUGAUUAAACAUGUAAUAUUCAUUGCUAAAAUGUGCAGCGCUUCAAUAGAUCAGACAAGGGGCAAAUACUUAAGCAGACAUACAGCAGUCUGUUGAUUCAGAUGUUGGUGGGUGUGGGAAUAUGGGAAUAUGACAACUGGCCGACUGCAGGCCUCCGACAUAUGAUCAUAGAACAAUGUCUGCAUACUAGCUGUUCAAAGUACAAUAUACUGCACCUUCAUCGACCGUAGCAAAACUAAAAGGCAAACAACUUUGCUAAUAGAAUGAACUGACCUUUUAAUUCAAUUUACUACUAUUACUUCAUCCAUUUGAGUGAAGCCAGAGACUCGGAAAGGUCACAAAAAGAAAACAAACAUACAUUUCUGGGAAAGGAAACAACUGCCAGAAAAUCCUUGAAAUUCCAUGCUUUGAUAUAUGUGGGUACUUGAAGAGUUAAUAACCGACUGGCAUUUGUCACAAUUCUGCAACUGUCUUCAUGUGUUAUCCCACCCUUCUGGAAAUUCAAAGCUAAUUUAUAGAUUAUUUCCUGUAUUGCAGAUCUUUUCUACGUCCCUUUUUAAGUAUGCAGCCUCAGUGUUAUUAAACCUCAAACAGUAGCCCAGAACAUAAUUGCUUGCAGCUUCAAAGGACAAACUAUAGUCCUUUAGUUUCCCCCACACCCACCUUAAGUGAUUAAUUUAAAUAUAUAUAUUUUUUUUCUUCGUAAAUUAUACUGUUUCCAGAAUGACCAGCCACUGCAAACAGAGUUAGAAGCUGAUUUUAUGGGUUUAAUUCAGUAAAUGGGAAAGUACAAAUUUUAGACCAAAAUCAAUAAGUAAUUUUCUCAACUCCAUCAAUUAAUUGUAAAAUUAUAUGUAAUUCCGAGUUUAGUUAAUGUUGUAGUGGGUGUGAGAUCGUAUGAUGUGAUAUAAUUAGACAUAUAUAGUUUGAAUAGAGAUUACACAUGCCAUAAUUUCAAGGCUCAAGUACAAUUCUGUAAAAUCUGUGAAAUGUAAAAAUUACUGUCAGGAACACAAACACAUAUUCCUAACCCUAUAGUGUUAAACCACUAUUUAGGUGGCUUGCCUCCCCCUAACCCUUGGUUUGGCCAGUCAGUAAUUCCUCAUAGAGAAACAUUGAAUCAAUGCAUCUCUGAGAAAAAUUCAGCGUUUCCAUGCAGAGUGUGAAGACACUGAACAGCAGCACUGCCCCAGGAAGCACCUCCAGUGGUGCCUGGCAAAAUUGUGUUCCUUAUAAUGGGACAGGAGCAUCAGGACACUCUUGGCACCAUAACUACUACGGAAAGCUGUUGUUGUUUUGGUGCUGCCAUUGUUCCUUUAACCCCUUAAGGACGGCGGGCGUUCUACGCCGUCCUUUUUGGGGGGUCCUAAACGCUGGCGGGCGGCAUAGAACGUCCCCGCUGUCCUUUGUACUUACUGGCUCCCCACCGUUUCCCCAAAGGCGGUCACAAUCCUGGGGUCUGCCUUGGAGCUCAGGCAGACCCCCUCUGCCCUAUCCGGACCCCCCUGGCCAUGUGAUCGCGGGGUUCUUGCGAUCACAUGGCAGGAAUAGCCGGCUUAUGCAGUGCCUACAGGGCGCCUGCCUGAGUUCUCAGGCAGUCCUCCUAAUGCCUGCAAAAAAGUUUAGAAAGUUAACAAAAGUUAAUAAAAAGUUUAUUAAAGUAAAUAAAAGUACUUGGAAUAUAUAAGAAAACUGAGAUGCUUGCUUUCCUGGAUUAGAGAGUAAUUGCCCGGUGCUGGUCAGGCACAAGAUACAAAAAUUUUUGGGGAAAUGACCACACUCCAAGGACUUGUUGAGAGUAAAAAUAAAAUAUAACUUUUAUUCUAUAUCAUACAAAAAAAUAUCGACGUUUCAGCCCCAAUACAUGGGCUUUCAUCAGGAUGGCAAUACUACGGUAAAAUCUGAAUAAAAUAAAUAAAAUAUAGAAUAAAAGUUAUAUUUUAUUUUUACUAUCAACAAGUCCUUGGAGUGCGGUCAUUUCCAAUCAUUUUUAUGUAUCUUGUGCCUGACCAGCACUGGGCAAUUACUCUCUAAUCCAGGAGUGCAAGCAUCUCAGUAUAUAUAUAUAUUCCAAUAUGAUCAUAUAUAUACUUUUAUAUGCACAAACACAUACACUUUUAUUAAUGGUUUAUGUAUUUAAAUAUUAUAUUAUUAUUAAAAUACAUGUAGAAUUAUGUUAAAUAUAUAUAUGUGUAAAAAAUCAAUAAAUACAUUGAAAAAAUUAAUUUAAAAAAAAAUAUACACCAGUUUUAAUUUGUUCUAACUGUAUUUUGACAUUAAUAUACAUGUAUAUUAAAUUCAAAAUAUAUUUAUAUAAUAUUAUUACAUAAUAAAGUAAUUUUAUUAAGUAAAAUUUGAGGGACCUGCCCGACAACCCAGACUGAAAGUUCAGAGAAUUUAGCUUGCAUGCUCUAUAUUUAACCCUGUAACUUUCCAGGACGCCAUAAAACCUGUACAUGGGGGGUACUCUUUUACUCAGGAGACUCCGCUGAACACAAAUAUUAGUGUUUCAAAACAGUAAAACAUUUCACAAUGAUGAUAUCGUCAGUAAAAAUGCAGUUUUUUAAACUUUUCACACACAAACGGUACUUCCACUGUCAAUAUAAUUGUGAUAUGUUUUACUAUUUUGAAACACUAAUAUUGGUGUUCAGCGAAGUCUCCCGAGUAUAACCGUACCCCCCAUGUACCAGUUUUAUGGUGUUUUAAAAAAGUUACUGAGUCAAAUAUAAGGCUUGGGUCUCCUUUUUUCACAUUGAAAUUUGCCAAACUGGUUAUGUUGCUUUUGAGACCCUAUGGUGCCCAGGAAUGAGAAUUACCCUCAUGAUGGCAUACCAUUUGCAAAAGUAGAUAACCCAAGGUCUUACAAAUGGGGUAUGUCCAGUCUUUUUUAGUAACCACUUAGACACAAACACUGGCCAAAAUUAGCAUUCAAUUUAGUUUUUUGCAUCUUCCACAAACAAACAAAUAUGAACGCUAACUUUGGCCCAGUCCUUAAGGGGUUAAAAAGAAUACUGGAUGGAUUCUGGGAUUCAUACUUGGUUAAUGAUGGAUAUACAAGAUGUCAUAAAGUGUCUGGCUGCCAGCAUAAUUUAAGAAGAAGUAAAGGAGGUAUUUUCCUAAUUCUAUAGAAGUUGUACAGAAGACCAACAAAGUCAGAUAAGGUGCAGAUUUGCAAUGCUCCUAGCACCAUAUGUGCCAUUAUUAUGGACAAACAAUCACCUUACAGAAACACUAAAGUGUCAGGAAUACAAAUGGUGCUCUAGUCACUGUUUUGGCGAAGAGGCCACUGUUGCAAAGGUUUAAAAAGUGACUUUACUUACCUUUUCUCCCCCAGAGCACUGGUCGCUGGUGUUCCACUCCACUUCUUUCUCUGAGAUCAUUGCGAUCGAUGAUGUCCAAUGCACUGGGAGACUAGUGCACAUGCACAGCAAAACGCAUGGUUUCUCUGAGACUGUGAUAGAAAAAGAAGCCACAGGCACUAAGCACUGUGGCAUAUAUGUAUGGUGGCAAUGAAGGAGUUAAUCUGUUUUGUCUGGGAUUUGAAUGUGAGGAAUUUUAAAUCUUGUGGCAGUUGGUCAGUUAGACAGGUAUCUGGGCAGAAUUGAUGACGCAGCUGUUUUUGGGGGCUGGAGCUGGCAUGGGAUUGGUUUAAAGUUGCAAGCAGAAAAAGAGCGGGAAACUGGAACAGUAUAAAAAGAAGCAGCACAAGUUUAAUCCUGUCAGAGUGGACUGAAGCAGGAUUGGUGCGGACGGACCCCACCCCCCUCUCUUUACUUUUAUUUAAUUGUAUUGUUGUGGUGCUAUGAAGCAUUGGGGUAAAAGUCAUCCUCAGGGUCAAGUUCUGAGGAAGGAUAUGGUGGUAAAUGGUUUUAAGUAAAACGCGGUCUGGUUAGUUAUGACUGACUGGCUAUUUGGUGCUAAUAAAGUUAAAAGUUUUGAAAGGUGGUGAACCAUAUGUUAUAUGGUUAUGGUUACAAAGUUAUGAUUGUAUGCCCCUUGAGCUUUGAAUAAACACCACGGCCAUGCCCAGUGAAAAGUAAUUAAACAUUGUCUGUGGUUAUUGUGUGGUCUUGUUUUAUUUAUACGAAUAUUGCCCACCGUACAUAUAGCAGAGGUUAACUAUUGCAUUAGAGGCACUAAAACUCUGCAGUGAAAACAUUGCCGUUCUGCAGCUGCAGGGGUAAAUGGAGAAAACAUGGCACCCAGAGCACUUCAUCUCAAUGAAGUGGUCUGGGUGCCUGCAGCAUCCAUUUAAAUGCAAUUGUUAUUCUAAAACCCAAUACAAUCCAGAGAUAAAAUAAUACAUCUAAUAACAUAUUUUGUACGUGGUUACACUGCAUUUAAUAAAUAGAAUGUCACAAUAUAACUCAAAAUGUACAAUUGUAUGCUUUACUGUUGAGGGGAUUCCUUUACUUGGUAAAAGUAUGCUGGCAGCCACCCACCUCAUGAUGUAUCUCCAUCACCACCAUUUAAAUCCGUAAGAAUCUAGGAAUCUCUCCAGACUGAUAAAAGUUUAUCCGAUGUUAAGAUGAUGGUGGAACCACACUGCUUACCUAUGUGGGUGACCUUGUGUGAGCAAUAGGUUUAACAGCCCUAUUUCCAGAGUGAAGUGCACUCAAGGAUUUAAUUGAUUAAUUAUUUUUCCAUUUAUAAAGGUGAUUCAUUGAUUUAUAGCUAGCCUGAAAUAAUAGAAGAGUUGUUUAGCCACCUUAUCGAGAACGAUCACCGGUGCAUUUUCUGCAUUGAGCAAUGGAAACACAGCAUGUGCGUGACUGUGUAUGGGUGCGUUAGAAGAUACACAAAAGUAAAUCCUGUAAUAUGGGAGAAGAAUACCAUUGAGGGGCUCUGGAGACAUAAUAGAUCAAAGUAUGAAUUUCUCAGGAACUCCAAGAUGGUAUUCAUUUUCCUAAAUAUACUAUUCACUGUUGCGUAUCUUUUAUAUUACAUGAUUUUUGGGGGGUAAGAUUAGUGUUGGGGUUGGCCCUAUGGUUCCUUUAAUCUUAGGAUAGACUGGUUACACUCUGGUGCAUUGAUAUCCAUCUUUAUUUUUAACUUUUUGACUUUUUUAAAUAAUAAACUGGUUGUUUUGAUCCCAGUUUGUUCUUCUUCUUAUUAUUUUUGUGGAUCUAGCGAUAUAUUAUUUACAUUGCCUUUAGCAACCAGUUCCAUAUACUGGUAUGCUUGAUUCUAAGUGGACUUCUGUAUUUUCUUUUAUUCUUAUAGAAGUAUAUCAUUUUGGCAUUGGUAUCACCUACCCUGUAUUGUUUCCUCCAAUCAGGGAUUAGGAUACCUAUAUCAUAUAUAUUGCAGUUGGUCACUUUAAGAGUAUCUACCAUAUUAUUACACUGUGUGUGAAAGUGUAUACCUGAGAUUCCAUUGUCUACAUAGCUCCUGGAUACUUUGCACUAUACUAUAUGGUGCCAUUCCUAUUGCUUUUAUAGGAUUUGGUGAAAUUCCUAUACCCAUCCAAUUAGAGCUUAUUCCGUUUGUCUAACUCCCCCUUCUCUCUGUAUAUUCAAAGCCUUUUGGAUAUCAGAAAAAAACUUUGCUUUUAUAUUACAUGAUUGUAAAGGGUAAGAUUAGUGUUGGGAUUGGCCCUAGGGUUCCUUUAAUCUUCGGGUAUCGACUGGACAUGCUGCCUGUGAUUAAUGAUUGUUAUAAUACACUGUGCAGCAGUGUCUGCAUUUCACAGUUCUCUUUAUUAAAUCAGCCCUCCUCCAGUAGUUUUAGCCCAGUAGUGAAUUUAUUUGGGAAAUCAGAAUUACACUCUUCAGCAAGCCUAUUGGUAUCAUUGUCUGGUGCGGCUAGUAAUAUUUAAUUUCUCCUUUUUCUUUUUUGUUAUUUUACUGUAUAAUUGUAUGCCUGAAAAACAAACUUUAUUCCGGAAGAAAUCAUUAACCAACAAAUAAAUAACUUAAUAAGAGAGAGAGAACCUGGAAAUAAAUGACUGCAAUCGAACAGUUCUGAAUUUGCUAGUGUACCAGGAAAAUUCCUGGAUUGAGUACACAUCAGGAGUCAGAAAGACACGAUUCCUAAAAUUAUUAUUCUUGGCAUCCAGUAUUUUUACAUUUCUGUGGCUCUAUCUAAAUGUUCUCCUUUGCGGGCUCCGAAAUAUGCCUUAUUUUAUUCCAUAUUUUGGCCACUUAUGGUCUACAGACAAGACCUCCUCUAUAGAAUGAAAAGUAAUGACCAGUUUUGCAAUCAAAAUGUGAAAUUUGUGUAAUUAUAAUUAUUUAUUUAAUUUAAUAGAUUUGUCUCAGUAAAUAGAUUAAUAUUUUUUUUUACACCUGUUAAAAAAUAUUGUAUGCAGUAGGUACAUUUCCAUCUUUUCGUGUUGUGUCUAACCAUUUGGCCCAUGAUGUCUCCAAGUCCCAAAGAGUAUAGCGCAAGUGCAUCAUUAGACAUACUCUUGUUGUGCAAAGGGCAUUCAGGGCAAUGAACACGUUAUAGCAUGUCAACAAUGCUUUAUACAGGAAAAGACCUUUGUGGAGCCAGUCAGCGUGCCUUCCAAGACUGUAUGCCAAGCUGACACCCCAUUUUACGGCUGGACCUACCCCCGACGGUGUUACCAUUGAUGCUGGUACACCACCCUGCAUUUAUACCUAUUAUUUUUCUUUUUUUCCCAAAGUGGAAAAUAGAUAAAUAUAUAUUUUUAUUAUAGUCUCAAAAAUAAAUAUAUAAUUUUUAAAAAAUAUUCUUUUUGAGGCACGAGAUGCGUACAUAGCACUCCAAAUUAGAUCUAACACUAAUUUUUUUUUAUACACUACACUACUGUUCAGCGAUAUCUAAAAUGUAAACAAGGUACAUUUUCAGAAUUUUUCUGAAAAAAAUAAAUAAAUUAGAUCAGGAAUUGGAAUUGAGAUACAGUAUUCAUUGUCUUGUAAUUAUAUAGACGUUAUGAAAAAAGUGUGACAGGGCAAUUGUUAAUUUUAAAAUGUACAGUGUGUGCAAACACUAAAAACUGAAAUAAAUGUGUCAUGUAAACAUUUUGCAUGGAUAUUUAUUUUCAAUGAUGAUGGUUUAUUUCGUUUUUGAGGCUUGAAGUGAAAUACAACACUUUAAAGAAACAAAUUUCCAACGUGUCGUGACAUGUCAAUUAUUACUAGAAAACAACAAUCUAUAGUAUGCACAUGUCCCCAUGACCACCUCCCAACUUCAUUGCAUUUACCAACUGUUUGGUCACAUGAACUGCAAGGAGGGAAGCCAUGCGGGGAAGGUAGCAGGAAAAGAGAGAAAGAUACAGAAGUGGGACAAGGAGGUGAGGGGAAAAAGAAACUUGGUGAUAAUACAGAAAAUUAAGGCCAGAGAUCUUUAGAGAAGAUGUCUGUCCCAGGGCAGAAUGUUUUCAGGAAAGAAUUAUGACUGCUGUUAUUUUGAGGAAUGCAAAUUCCCAAAGUGCCUGCGUAACGUAUAAUAUACAUUAUCUUUGUGAAAUAAUAUCAAUAUACAGUAAACAAUGUUGCCUGGCUGAACUCAAAUAUUCACUUCCUGGUUUGUCCCCAAUCCUCCACCUUCUAUCGAGAGGGUGUGUGAAAUCAAGAUAUAAAUAUAUAAAAGAAACCAAGGGGAAGUGAUUCCUCUUGGAUAUAUAGGAAGGAAAAGUUAUGGUCUAAAGAAAAGGGGGGAUAUCCACUAAACAACUGGUAAAACAACCCACACCCUAGGUUGAAUAGAUAGACAAUACAAGAUAAAAAGCAAAGAGAAAACAACCUAAUUGCUCAAACCAGGAGUGGAUACCAACACCCAAAGAAUGCUAAAUAUAUAUAAAAAAGUGAAUAGAAAGGUGAACUGGUAACAUACACAGUAUCACUGCACAGUAAGCAAAUAGAAACAGACCUAGGUCACAAUUGAUUAAAUGUAUCGCAAUAAAUGAAUAAAUGUACACUGUAUCAGUGCAAAAAAUAUCCUUUCAAUGUAAGCUCAUAUAAAUAAAAUCUGGCUGGUAUACCCUCUAUAUGAACAGCAGGGGAACUGGCCAAUAUGAGCUAAAUAUGCUCUAGUAACAAACUAGUAUAACAAUCAAUGUUAGUAUGGUACAUAAAAGAAAAAAAAGGGAGUAUUGCAAAUGUAGAAAUAUGGGAUCACCAGUUCUACAUCUAUUAUCAUUAAUAGAUCCUGGAAUAUUAUCUUCUAAUGUCAGUCAUUGAACUGUGCAAUAUAUAGUUCAGAGGCAGAGAAUUCUUCUUAUAAAAAGACUUUAUUAUAUGUGUAUAAAAUAUAAAAUAAGCAAUUGCUCACAGAUAGCAUUAAAAAGGGAACCUUCCUUUGGUGUCUUCCUCCCAGCAGUCUGGAUACUCUAAAAAUGCUGUCUCAUCAGAGCCGGCUUCAGAGGCAACUUCAGAGUCCUUGUUGACAAAAGCUCAUCAGGGAGAUCCACCAUGUGUGAAGAGAUGCAGCCUUACGCGUUUUGUGACGUCAUCAGAGUGAUGGAUAUUUUUUGGACUGAUCACCAAACUACAAUGUCUGUUUAUUACUUGAACUAAGACUGUGGACAAUCUUUAUUUGCACUGAUACAGUGUAUAUUCAUUCAUUUAUUGAGAUACAUUUAAUCAAUUGUGACCUAGGUCUGUUUCUAUUUGCUUACUGUGCAGUGAUACUGUGUAUGUUACCAGUUCACCUUUCUAUUCACUUUUUUAUAUAUAUUUAGCGUUCUUUGGGUGUUGGUAUCCACUCCUGGUUUGAGCAAUUAGGUUGUUUUCUCUUUGCUUUUUAUCUUGUAUUGUCUAUCGAGAGGGUGACUGACAGAGAAUUUCGUUUCAACUGUGGGUGCCAUUUGUGGUAUUUCGUUUUGGAGCAUAAUGGGAACAGUACGUGUGGGUAUGUGAUAUAAAAGCCAUCUUGUUUGUUCAAGGGGUUUAUCAGACACAGAGACUUUAAAAAAAUUUUUUUUAAAAAUAAUCUUCAUUUUCUGCCCUCCUUUUUAAAAUGUUCUUUUAGUUAUUAAGCCAUGCAAUAACAACAUUUAAAUAAUUGAAGUGACAUGUCUGUGUGGGUCACUCAUUGUACAUUAAAUGGAAAACGUAGAGUAUAAUUAAGUAAACACUUUAUUACUAAAAGAGGUCACAUGGUGAAUUCUUCGCAAACCCAUUAUUUCCGCAGCAUGCAAGCAGCCAUUAUAUUCAUGUGACCAGUUUUACUUACUACAGUCUAGCUUGUUCGAACUGACCAUGCUGUAAGGUAGAUAAUAGAAGUGGGGAACCAAUGUGCCAAUCAUGAUAUUCAAUAACUAUCCUAGCCCAGCCUGCAAGUCUUUGUUUAUGUCAUAUUCAUAUAGAUUGAUGCAUUCUCAACUUAUCCUACCCAAUCAGAAAUUAAGCUAUUAAAGCUCUAUAUGAUAGAGCAAAGACCAUUUCAGAAAAUAUAGAUGGCUAGAUGCAAAACCUGUGUUUUCCAGAUCAAAUAGACGAGUAUUUAAUGGAGUGGGACAGUCUCUAUUUGGGGUUCCCAUGACACGUGUCCCAGGGUGGUUCCUAUACAAGUGCCCCCAUGUAGUCUCUGCACUCCCUGUCCUGCCUUCAUACCUCCUAGUGUCGGGGAGGGGUAUGGAAAUAAACCUCAGUUGAAAAAAAAUAAUACAUGUAAUAUAUAUCUACCGGUAAGUAAAUUUAAGCAUGGAUUAUGCAGUGGUAUUUGGCAAGUCAGGUGUAUGGAAACACUUAAAGGACCACUAUAGUGCCCUGAGGGUGCCCCCACCCUCAGGGACCCCCUCCCGCCGGGCUCUGGAGAGAGGAAGGGGUUAAACACUUACCUUUCUCCAGCGCCGGGCAGCUGUACUCCUCCUCUCCUCCUUGCUCGCGACGUCAUCGGCUGAAUGCGCAUGCACAGCAGGAGCCGCGCGCGCAUUCAGCCGGUCGCAUAGGAAAGCAUUUACAAUGCUUUCCUAUGGGCGCUUGCGUGCUCUCACUGUGAUUUUUCACAGUGAGAAGCACGCAAGCGCCUCUAGCGGCUGUCAAUGAGACAGCCACUAGAGGCUCUGGAGGCUGGAUUAACCCUCAGUAUAAACAUAGCAGUUUCUCUGAAACUGCUAUGUUUAUAAAAAAAAAAAAAGGGUUAGUCCUAGAGGUACCUGGCACCCAGACCACUUCAUAAAGCUGAAGUGGUCUGGGUGCCUAGAGUGGUCCUUUAAGGCAACUUUCUCAGGCAAUCACAAGUGAAGUGUGCAUGUGCUGAGUAGACUUUUUAUUGUGUACAGGUGCAGUUACUAUGGCAAUGAAUUUAAAAUUGUGCUUCUUUUUUUCAUGUCCAAGUUUCAAAUUAGUAAAUUCUAGCCAGCCAGCAAGAGUCCUUACACGUUUAUCAGGGCUAUUUACUAAAGAGAGAAAUCAAAGUGAAUUUAAAAUUUAAGGUCAAAGUAGCUGAAGUUGAAAAGGUUUCCAAGUCCGCUAUGCUUCCAGGUUGGUCACUUUGGCAUUAAACGAAAACUCAAGCAUUAGGAAUACAAAUGUGUGUUCCUAAAGCUAUAAUGCCCUAGUCACAGUUUAGGUAACAGACCUCCCCCUGAGGGUUAAAGUUAACUCUUUAAGAGUUAACUUACUUUGCAUUUCACGCCACGGUGCUCAGUAUGACAGAUGCUAUAGGCAGGUUAUAUGGGGACAUUAGUAUUAAAGGAACACUAUAGGCACUCAGACCACUUCAUCUAUUUGAAGUGGUCUAGGUGCAGUGUCCCUGUUCCUUUAAACAACCAUCAGAGGCACUUCCUGCAUCUGUGAAAUUAUGCUGGGCGUACUAACGCUGUGCAUGAGGACUUCAAACGUGUUGAAUAUCACAUGGAAAAGCAUAAAGUUGCCACUGUCUGCUGCUGAUGUUGGAGGAGGAGUCCAACACCGCACCGAGGGACCUCUGAGCUGGACCAGGUAAGUGUUUAAAGGGUUAAUUUACCCUUUAUCGAUGGGUGAGUGGAGGGGGUGGCACUAGGACAGAGGGAUAAUAUAUGCCCCGUUUCCACUGAGCGGUACGGUACGGUCUGGUACGCUAUUUUGAGUGUUUCCAUUAUGAAAGUGGCCCAUACAACCAAACCAAAACAUUCCUGGGCCCCCUUCAGAUGUAGGUCCAUAUGAAAUGGUACGGUACAGUUACGGCAAAGUUAGUGGCGUCACACUAUACAAUCCAUUGAUUGGCGGACAGGAAAACAUCACUGCUCACGACAAAUGACAGGCUAGGCAUUUGGUCUAAACCCUGCAUGCCCCCCGGUGGUCCUACUUGCACAGGAAACGCUCACCUGAAAAGGCUGGACCAUUCUAACCCUUCCAAACGGUACCGACCCAAACCAUAGCGCUCAGUGGAAACGAGGCAAGAGUGUUCCGAAUACAAAGCUGUAGUCCGAACACUAUAGUUUGCCUUUAAUAUAGGGACAUUGGGAUUAAAAAAUUUGGCUUCAAUGAGGGGAUUUCUCUCCUAAAGAGCUAGUUAGAUGUAUGCACAGUGUGUCGUCAGAUUAGUAAAGAGUGCUUUAAAGUGUAAAUAGCAAUGACUGCAAAUAGAUUUUAGGGCUGAAAUAGCAAUAGGGAGACUUUGAACAGUGUAAUAACUCUUUGUAUGAAAACAAAUAUCUUUUACAUUUUAUUUUCUUUGUAUAGAAUGUUUACUCUCCUCUGUCAGAUUACCACAGAUUUGUACAUACCUAUAACUAAUUAGUAUGCCAUUCCCUGUCCUGCUGACAGACCGGUUAGUAAAGUUGGUGAUAUUAGGGUGCUCAUUAGAAUUUGCAGGAAGCCUACAGAACAUUCUGAGAAAUUUCACAUCCGCUCAUUCCUAAGAUGGAGCAGAUUCCAGGCACACCUGGUAUUAUCAAAUUCCAAUCCACUCAGACUGUGAUCAGGUCACAUAAAACUUCCACAACUCACAAGAAAGCAAUCCACACCCCAGGGCAUUUAAGUGAAUGUAGAAACUUUCAGCAUAAAAGAAUGUAUAGAGAAGCGGUCAAGAAACCACAAAAAAACCUACACAAUAUUUAAUUUCUUUCAGACGGAACAAUAAAUGUGUCCUAACAUGACCCAUGUAAGGGGCACUCUACAAACCAUAACCGCUGCAGCUCAUUGUAGAGAUGUGGUGUCAAAAGACAUUUCUCUACUGCUUCCCCAGAUAGUGUCAAGCUGAUUGACAAAAACUGAGGUUCUCCUGUCACAUGUAUUGUAGGUGCUAUGAAGGGGAGCAGAAGAACCAGGUGUGGGAGGUGGUCAGUUAAUUCUCGACAUAUCCUUGUAUAACAAGGAACUGAUUAAGUGAGCAGAGAGACCGUAUUUUUUAUUUUCUUCAUAAAAUCUAUACCUUUGUUAGUAUUUCUACUAGGAUUAUGUAUACAUUAUUAUUUUACUUUAGAGCACAAGUUAUUGUACCCUUGACAGAUACACUUUAAUCAUGCUCACAUGUGGAACAGAAACUGGGAAGCCAGUGCUUAAUUUUGAUCUUGUCUAGUAGGAGAGGCUGACGUGAUACACUUACUCUGUGUGUUUACUCUGGCUGAGAAUUAAUGUUGGGAGUUCUAUACCAAAAACGAGAAUUAUAGAACAUUUGCGCCAGUUUGGUAAUGCCAUAAUGUGCUUAAAACAAAAUAAAUCCAUAUAAAAGCGAUAAAAACGAAAUAGUUUUAUUAGAAUAGUUACUAUACAAGGAUCCAGCAGCGGAAGAGUUAACCAGUGUGGCUAAACAUGCCUUCCUUUAUCUAUAGACAAAUUGAAAUUUUGGAUAGUUUUGCCCCCUGGUGGCAGCUUUGUGGAUAGCUUCCCAGAUGCUGAACGACUGGUAAUCAAAAAAAAAGGCUACCUAGUAGCAAGAUAGUGACAAGCCCUUCAAGUCACAAACAAUGUAAUAUAUAAUAUUUUUCCAGGAAGUGGAAUUUUUAAAUUUUAUUUUUUGUAGAACAAACAAACCCAUGUGUUUGACAUCAGCAGACAUGAAAUAGAAUCUCUACUCUUACUGUACAAAUUUAAGUAAAACAUUUUGAUUGGAAGAGGCAUUAGAAUAAAGAAAGUGUUAAAGUUACUUCUAUAACAUCCCACCAACAAGAACAAUCGUGAUAGUAUGUUAUUUCAGGUUAAAUACUGAGCAUCCAUAGUUAGCUUGUGAGACACAGACUGAUUUUCUAAUUUGUUAAGAUCCAGGAUUACAUACUUUUUAACAGUUGUGACCCAGGGCUAGUGUUUGGGAUGUGUGACCUAUGUCAACGCACCUGCACCAACAUAGCCUGCUCUUAGGAGAUUCCUGGUAUGACAUGUGACACGACUCGGGACUAGUGUGUGACUUACUGCUGACUUCUUGACCUAUUAAUAAUCAGGCAACUAAGAAAGUAAUUCACAAGACCAAAGUAAGACUCAUUUCUAAAAAAAACAUUUAUUGUAUUUUGAAGACAGAAGAAUAUGGCAUUUGGAAGAUAUGCAGUGAAUGAAUGUAAGCAUUUAAAAGUCACUGAAGUUAUAGGCGCAGGAGUUUCCGGAUACUGUCUUAUCUUCUUACCUUCCUUAAUAUUCGAGUAGACGGUAAGGAAAGAGAAGGGGGUGUAUUUGUUAUUAAGGAGAAAAUGUAAUGGAGUAAAUCUAGAGGGAUAUCAAUUAUACCUCAUUGACAAGGUCCAAAGAAGGCCAACAUGUUUGUCUUAAGUUGCUUUUAUCAUUCAUACAUAGAAAUCUUGCCAGCAUUUUAAAUAUGUAAAAAGGGAGAAAUGGGGGCACACUCGGAACAUGCAUUUCUCAGAUGUGGUGGUAAAGACCAAAAUCUAUGGAAAAUACAGAUUAAAGGACCACUCUAGGCACCCAGACCACUUCAGCUUAAUGAAGUGGUCUGGGUGCCAGGUCCAGCUAGGAUUAACCCAUUUUUUAAAUAAACAUAGCAGUUUCAGAGAAAAUUCUAUGUUUACAAAUGGGUUAAUCCUCCCUCCAAUUCCUCUAGCGGCUGUCUUAUUGACAGCCGCUAGAGGCGCUUGCGUGAUUCUCACUGCGAAAAUCACAGUGAGAGCAUAAAAGCGUCCAUAGGAAAGCAUUGCCGCGCGUGCGCAUUCAGCCGAAUGGGAGGAGAGGAGGAGGAUCGGAGGAGGAGAGCUCCCCGCUGGAAAAAGGAACGUUUUUAUCCCUUUCUUCUCCCCAGAGCCGGGCGGGAGGGGGACCCUGAGGGUGGGGGCACUCUCAGUGCACUAUAGUGCCAGGAAAAAAAGAGUAUGUUUUCCUGGCACUAUAGUGGUCCUUUAAGGAACAGCGCACACACAAGAUAUAAUAUAGCUUUAAAUUUUACAAGGCCACCAUAUGGCCAUGUCUUGUGACGCCCACCACUAUGUAACAGUACCCCAAAAUCGGUGGGUCCUACACUAAUAAUAACAUGGGAGAUAAACAUGCUAACUGCAAUGCUUACUGCGUAAAAUGGUUUCCAGAGAUUCUCCUCAAAUUUCUGUUACUGUGAAGUCGUGGUGGGCUUAACACAAUAUGGUGUUGCUGAAUCCUCAUAAUUGUUUGCUAAGAUAGGUGAUUUUAAGAAGCCUUAUAAAAUGUAACACUGUAUUUUUGUUGUGUGUGCUACUCCUUAAUUUAUAGCACCAAAAACAAACUUGAACCAGAGGUGUACAGCAGUAGUGGAAAUAUAAUAUAUAUAAAAAAUACAAAACCUUAAACACUUCUUGUUCCCUUAAUCUGUAUUUUGAAUAGCAUAUAUUGCCAUUGUAUGUAGGAUGAGUUUGAUAUGUGACAGGCCUAGGUUUUAUCGGUAACAUGAGCAAAAUCUUGUUUGAGAACUAAGCAUGGACUCACCAAAGGCAAACUAUGCAGUUUUUACACAUUCUCCAAUCUUUUGUCAGAACAAAUGGUCAAACUCACUUAAAGGGUCACUAUAGUCACAAGAACCACUACAGCUUCAUGUAGUGGUUCUGGUGUCUAUCGCUUGUCCCUGGAGUCUUUUUAAUGUAAACGUUGCCUUUUACAUUGGUGCCUCGUAACACCUGUAGAGGUGUCUCCACGCUCUCCAUGGAGAAGCUUAACAUUCCCCAUUGAGUCGAGGAGAUUCGGUUGGAAAACACUGGAUUAGCUGACAUCAUAAAGUUUGGCGAACUCACCCAUGAAUGCGGGGCCAGCUGAGGCGAGACAGGAACGGUCUGAGGGAAAAAGGUAGGUUUAAAACCUUUUCAAAGCAAUCUCAGGGGGAGCUAAAUAGUUUCACACUAUAGUGUUAGAAAUACGUUUGUAUUCCUAACACUAUAGUGUCCCUUUAAGUAAAAUAUAGGAUGCUAUAUACAUGUUAUUUUUCUUUGUUCCUCAACCGUUUUACAGAUUUUUGGUCUACCAGAAUAGAUUUUGCUGUUAGUAGUUGUUUGUGCCUCAUUAAUACGGUCGUAGUCGUGUAUGCCAUUUUAGAGUACACUGCACUAUUCAUAAAUAUCUAAUUAUUAUUUAUUUAUUUUUAAAGUCAUAUGUAGUUCAAGUCAUCAUAUUGUUCUAAAUCUAGGUUGGGAAAUGUCUAUUCAAACAUGUGAUGUUAAAUGUGUUCUCUUCAUUGUCUCUUACAGGUUUUACAAUUUCAAUAAAAAGAAGCGUCUGGUGAACACUCCGUACGUGGACAAUUCAUGCAAAUGGGCAGGUGGUGGUUUCCUGUCCACAGUGAGCGACCUCCUCACCUUUGGAAACGUUCUCUUGUAUAGUUACCAAGCUAAGGCCAAUUCUCAGAUACUGCCCGGAUACCUCAAAUCAGACACCAUCUCUAUGGUUUGGAGACAGGUGCCGAACACUGAAAUGUCCUGGGACAAAGAAGGCAAAUACGCAAUGGGCUGGGGGGUUGUGGAAAGGAAGCUGGAUUUUGGUCAGUGUAAGCACCAGAGGCAUUAUGUGUCCCAUACAGGAGGAGCAGUAGGGGCCAGUAGUGUUUUACUAAUCCUACCCGAAGAAGAUGAUCAUAGUAGAUUCAGUAAUCUGGAGGAAAGACCACCAAAAGGGGUGGUAGUUACUAUAGUAGCCAACAUGCAAGGUACUGGUCUCAACAGCACAGCACUGAAAAUCGCAUUGGAGUUUGAGAAAGACAAGAUGAAAAGCUCCUAAGAUCAUACAUAUAAAAUGCUAGUAGAACAUGGGUGAUCACAAGGCAGAACCCAGCUUUUGCAAAACUACAACUCUCACGUUGCAUUACCAGCUGUAAGGAUGACAAAACAUUAUGUGAGCUGUAGUUUAGCAAAGGUGGGGAUUUACUUCCUGGAUGCCACUUGUGCCAACUUAUUUUAUUCAGCCAUAAUGAUUAAUUCAUUGAAGGGGUUAAUGUACCGUGCAAUACAAAUGUGAUUUUCAACUGAUUAUGGUUUAAAAUGUAAUGAAACAUGAUGCGAUCCCAAGUCAUUCAUUAGUAGCUCCAACAGUAAUAGUAUUACAGUAGUCUUUGUCCACCAAUCCAAUGAUUGGUAUUCCUUCCUUGUGCGGCCAUCAAUCUUUGUUAUGGGCAAUGAGAUGUUUGGUUUCAGGCACUCUGAACAGCGCAAAGGAGGUACUUACACAGCUGUAUAACUACGCACAGAUGAUAUGCUUUGUUAAUUACAUAAUCGGUGAAACGGUAUGAAAAAAAAAAAAAAAAGCUAAAAUUGUUUCAACAUCAACCUUUGUUAGAUCUUUUGCUGAUUCAGAGGAAAGUUAAGUGUUAAUAGAUUAACCUUUGCUAACUGCAGUUUAACAGCUAUAUAUUUAAGAUAUCAAUAGAAUUGACAUUUACAGCUUUUAAAAUAUAACAAAGGAAUUCUUUUAGUAUGAAAGAUUACACAUUAUAUAUAUAUAUAUAUAUAAAUAAAUAAAAAAAAUAUAUAAGAGUUUAUCCCUAAAUCCACAUUGAGCAGAAGCACUCAUCCAACCAGAGCCUAUACAGCAGGGGUCCUCAACCUCAAACUCCAGCCCCCCAGAUGUUGCUGAACUACAACUCCCAUGAUUCUCUGGCUAUCUAUGUAAUUCAAAGAAUCAUGGGAGUUGUAGUUCAGCAACAUCUAGGGGGCCGGAGUUUAAGGACCCCUGCUAUACAGGUACCAAGUUAAAGUUCAGGAGCACAGAGCACUGACACCAUACACAAGCUGUAGGUAUCUUAAGUGUGCUCAGAGGUAGUUUCAGGCAAUUAAAAAUGUGUAUGCUCAGCUGUCAGCUAAAUAGUGCUUCCAACAACAGAGGGCUUAAAGAUGGCUGCACAGAGGAAAUGGAAGUAGCAAGACACACUAAAAAGUGGUAUUUGCCACAUUACCAAAUUCAUUAUGUGUCCCAUAUAUGAGGAGCUGUGGGGCCACAGCAUUUAACGUAUAUUGCCUAAAGAUUUAGAUCAUGGUCUAAUCAACAACCAAAUGGCUACCUAGAAAUAGGGAGUGAUAGUUACUAAAAUAGCUAAGGUAGUAUAAUCUUUCAUAUAUAUUGAAAAAAAAAAAGUGCUUUUCUUUUCAAUGUGUAAAUCGUUUUAAAUGUGCCCAUCCCAUUGGCAUAACACUAUUGAAUUUCAACACAGAAGAGACAAAUCUCAUAAGAUAUUAAUGUCCAGAAUUCAUCUCUGCUUUCAUGAUGCCUAAAGCAGAGCCCAUCCACAUGAAGAUUAUUAACUAACAGAAUGUGUGACAAAUCGAAAAUGGCUGCUCUCACUGAUAAAGUGCUACAGAAUCUGUUGGCGCUAUAUAAAUGGCAAUAAUAAUAAUAAUAAUAAACAAAAAGUUUAAGUGGGAUUUUAAAAUGUAGCCAUCGAUCAUAAAGAUCUUGGAACACCAUUAAAUAAUUUUAGCGAGUGUACAGUGUUGCAAAUUACAGGUUGUAAAAUUACAGACAUUCCUGGAGACUAUUCAAUGAUGUUCUAUAUUUUAAGGGGAAAGAAAUUUUAUAAAAAAUUGUUUUUCCAUAAUCCGCUGAUGUAUACAUUUUGCAUAUUUAAGUUUUUCAUAAAUCUCUUCAAAAGAACUUUAAAAACUGCAUUGGAGUUACAAUCACAAAAUAUUCUAGAGAUAAAAUUGGGAAUAGUUUGUGUGAUUGAAAUAAAGCUUUUUAGGCAAAAUGUGUCAAUACGCGAACAUUCAAGCACCUUCUGCUCCCAUAUCUUAGAAUUUCCCAUCAGCCAUAGCAAGCAAUGGUAGGAAUAUUCAUUCAUGCACAAUAUAUACUCAUAGCUUAUCAUUUAACAUUCUUGGGAUCAGCUGUAGAUUGUCCAUAGAAACCGGAUAAGCACAAUAUUCUUAUUCUUAGUAUCACGCUUCAUAUGUCACACUUUGUUUUAAUCCUACUAACCAAACUACCCUACUGGAAAAGGAAUGCAAAUGGUUCUUGCAAAUCUUAGGUCAAAAUAUCUGAAUUUGGAAUCCCCUGUUAAUUUCUAUAGAAUUUUAAUUAUGGUGGAUAUCAGUGUAUAUUAAUUAUCAAGCAGAAAAAUGCCCACUCCCCCUGACUUUAACCCAGGGCAGCAAGUGGCCCUCGAUUCCCCACUAAAAUUACUUUUCAUUAAUGGGACACUCCAAAACUACAAAGCACUUUAGCUGACUACCGUGCUUUAUAUGUCAAGUGUGUCCUGUUUUCAUUUUACAAAAGUGAAGAUUUCAACAAAAAUUGCCCUGCAACAAUUGCUCAAUGAGCUGCAUUGUGAAGUCUCUGCGCGGAAAAAAGGGGAGGACUUGACAAGUAAUCUGCAGCAUUUGCCGGCUGCUUUAAGAUAUACCCCUAAUGAAAACCAUGCAUAAAUGUAUGAUUGUUUUCAUUUGGGGUUUAUCUACUAAAAGGUGAUUUGUUUCAUUUGGGCAGCAGAGUGUCCAUUUUAAUUAGUGUUCCUGAAGUCCUCUCCUACCUGCAUACAUUGGACAUUGCAUGGAAUGUAUUAUAAUUGUGCCAAUUUCUUGUAAUUCAGAAAUGUUUACACUGGUUACAUAAUAGCCACGUAGAAAUGUGAAUUUACUUUAUGUUUUAACCAGAUACUUUGUGCUAUUAUGUGUAAGAUUGCAUGGGGGUAUCUUACCAGAUGAAUGGAAAGUCCAAAAUAAAG